AUGUAUAGACAAACGAAACUCACAAAACAAAAGCAUAAGGCCUAUAUAAAACAGUCGUGCCGGUUUUCAUCAGCAGCUUCAAGUCAUUCGAUUCAAGCUCAGUCAAAGAUGCCAUCACUGGACCCACAAUUCGAGCUCACACACCAGGAUUGGAUAUUGGAUAGUGGAGGGUUUUCAAAUUUUUUAAGAAUGACACAAAAUACGAGCAUCCCAGUCAAUUACCCGAUGAUGCCCCCAAUGGAUGAUUUAAAUAAGUAUGCUCAUUUAUUACAAGUUAUUGAAGAAAUGGGACGAGAUAUUAAACCAACCUACGCCAACAACAAAAAUGCUGCAGAAAGACUGAAGAAAAAUAUUCACACUGCUCGGAUUUUAGUCAGAGAAUGUGUUUCAGAACUUGAACGUGUUAUGAAAGCCUAGUAUUUUUGUUCUUUUGUUUAAUCAAUGUAUUCUGUAAUUCAACAAGCUCAUUUCUUUUCCGACUCAAUGUACAAUGUAGGUUCAUUAUACGGGAUGUUUUCCCCGUAGAUCAAUGACUCACAACAGUGAACUGACUUAGAAAUAUUUAAUAUACUAUACUUUUUUUUUCAUAUAUACAUAAACUGAGAUUGUUGGUAAA